AUGUGGUGGGGCCUGGCUCAGCUCUGUGCCUGGAUCCUGACUGUGUGCUCACUGGCUUUGACACCAGCCCAGGCGUGCAGGGAGCUCCAGGCACUGCCUUCCCACAGAAGAAGCAGCAGAGAUGUUAAUUCUCCAGCUCCUGUUGACUGUCAGCUGAGCCAGUGGUCAGGAUGGACUGAUUGCUUCCCUUGCCAAGAGAAAAAACACCGGUACCGGCGGCUGGAGCGGCCGGCAGAGUUCGGAGGGCGACGCUGCGCUGGGCACCUCUGGGAUGAGCAAGCCUGCCGAGCUGAGACACCCUGCUCGGGGCCACCAGGGUGUGGGCAGGACUUCCAGUGCAAGGAAACGGGGCGCUGCAUUCAACGGCAUCUCGUGUGCAACGGAGACUGGGACUGCAGAGAUGGCUCUGAUGAGGAUAAUUGUGAGGAUGAAGAUAUUGAAAGCCCUUGUGAACAUCUGUUCCCAAUCCCAGGGGUGGAAAAAAUAGUCCAAGGGUACAACAUCCUGACAGAGGAAGGGAGGCAGAACAUUUAUGACCCGGGGUAUUUUGGAGGGUUCUGUGAGUACGUGUACAACGGGGAGUGGCGGGAGCUGCGCUACGACGCCGCCUGCGAGCGCCUGCACUAUGGGGAUGAUGAGAAGUAUUUCCGCAAGCCCUACAACCUCCAUCUGUACCAGUUCCUGGCUCAUGCUGAUUCUGGGUUUGCUUUUGAGUUUUACGACGAUUCAAAGGACCUGCUUGACGCCCUUAAAAGUGAUAAAUCCAAAACAACAGGCUUCACCAUUGGAAUUGGGCCUGGAGGUUCAGAUGUCAUGCUAAACCUGGGCCUCACUUUAUCAGGUGGCAAAGGAUCCCUGAAGAAUUUCACACAAUAUGAUGCAAAGGAGGUUGGGUUCAUUAGAGCUGUGACCAAGGUGCAGACAGCCCGCUUCAAGAUGAGAAGGGACAACAUAGUUUUGGAUGAAGAUGUGCUGCUCUCCCUGCAGGAGCUCCCAGACACCUACAACUAUGGCAUGUAUGCCAAAUUCAUCAACGACUACGGCACCCACUUCAUGACAUCUGGCACCAUGGGCGGUGUCUUUGAGUACAUCCUCGUCAUCAAUAAGGAGGAGAUGCGAAGAAAAGCCAUCAGCAUGGAGCAGAUAAGUGCCUGUGUUGGGCUGUCCCUUGGCAUUACAGCCAGCAAGGAGAACCUGAAUCUGGGUGUAACCCUGAAACAAUCUGACUGCAAGCAGAAAGGAUUCCUGAAAACUGAUGCUGGGAGCCACAGUGCAGUUGUGGAAGAUAUUAUUCCCCGGAUUAGAGGGGGAGAUACCAGUUCCAGUGGAGGGCUCCUGAAGAGUUGGGAUGGCCAAAUGUAUCGUCACUGGGGCAGGUCAUUAAAAUAUAAUCCUGCUGUUAUUGAUUUCCAGCUGCAGCCCAUCCACGAAAUCCUGCGCAGGAGCAACCUCGGCCACAUGGAGAGCAAAGAGCAGCACCUGAGGAGGGCUCUGGGUGAGUUCCUGCAGGAAUUCAGCCCCUGUCGCUGCAGGCCCUGCCUCAACAACGGGGAGCCCGUGCUGCUGGGGGACAGCUGCUCCUGCCACUGCCGCCCUGGGGACCGAGGAGCCGCCUGCCAGCACAGUCAGCGCCCAGGUGGUGAGACGGACGGGCGCUGGAGCUGCUGGUCGGGCUGGUCCCCGUGCCAGGCGGGGACGGCGCGGCGCAGCCGGCACUGCUCCAACCCUGCCCCGCAGCACGGCGGGCAGCCCUGUGCUGGCAGGGACCUCCAGAGCAGAGCCUGCUGA